CCCAAGAUGGCAGAUAACUUGCCCUCGGAGUUUGAUGUGGUGGUCAUAGGAACGGGUUUGCCUGAAUCUAUCAUAGCAGCCGCAUGUUCAAGAAGUGGCCAGCGGGUUCUCCAUGUGGAUUCAAGACAAUACUAUGGAGGGAACUGGGCAAGUUUUAGUUUCUCUAGAUUAUUGUCUUGGAUAAAAGAGAACCAGAAAACGGCUGACCCCUGUGAGGGAAAUACCCCCUGGGAAGAACUGAUCCUUGAAAAUGAAGAAGGUAUUCCUCUGAACAAGGCAGAUCAAACAAUUCAGCAUGUUGAAGAUUUCUGCUAUGCCAGUCAGGAUCUUGCUGAAGAUGUGGAAGAAGCUGGUGCACUUCCGAAGGCCCCUGCCUCUGUUGCUUCUGCUUCUAGUGAUGUUAUAGAGGAGGUCUCUGGCACCCCAGAGGCUGAAGAAGAGUGCUGUCCUUUGGAGGAUCAGCCAUCAUCGGGGACCAAAGGUGAAGAAACAUUCCCUAGCGGUGCUGCAGGAAGUGAACCAGAAUGUACAGCUGACCACAAAGCUGUUGAAGUGACCUCUCUGGGGGAGAAACCCUGUGGCAAUGUAACACCUGGUCAGUCAGUACUGGAAGUGGAAAACAACGAAGCUGCAUCAAUAGUGGAAGCUGCAGUUGAUCCAAUAAAAAUUACUUAUUCUCAAAUUGUUAAAGAAGGGAGACGAUUUAAUAUUGAUUUAAUUUCUAAGUUACUGUACUCCCGAGGAUUGUUGAUUGACCUCCUAAUUAAGUCAAAUGUUAGUCGCUAUGCUGAGUUCAAAAAUGUCACCCGGAUUCUUGCAUUUCGAGAAGGCAAAGUGGAGCAGGUUCCAUGUUCUAGAGCGGACGUCUUCAACAGCAAACAGUUGACCCUGGUGGAAAAAAGAAUGCUGAUGAAAUUUCUUACAUUUUGUCUGGAUUAUGAGCAGCACCCUGAUGAAUAUCAAGGUCAAAAGGACUGUAUAUUCUCAGACUACUUAAAAACCCAGAAGUUGACUCCCAAUCUGCAGCAUUUCAUCUUGCAUUCCAUUGCGAUGGUCUCGGAGGCCGACUGCUACACCAUAGAUGGCCUGAAGGUGACUCAGAAGUUCCUCCAAUGCCUUGGGCGUUAUGGAAACACUCCCUUCUUGUUUCCUUUGUAUGGCCAAGGAGAGAUCCCACAGUGCUUUUGCCGGAUGUGUGCUGUAUUUGGCGGUGUCUAUUGUCUCCGCCAUCCUGUGCAGUGCCUUGUGGUGGACAAAGAAACUAGAAGGUGCAAGGCAGUCAUUGAUCAUUUUGGUCAAAGAAUAAGUGCCAGCUAUUUUGUUGUGGAAGAUAGUUACUUUUCAGAGGAAACCUGUGCAAAUGUGUCCUACAGGCAGAUCUCCAGAGCAGUUCUUAUUACUGAUCGGUCGAUUUUGAAGGCAAGCUCAGAUCAGCAGAUUUCUAUUUUGACUGUCCCACCUAUGGAGGCAGGUCAGUCUGCUGUCUGCCUCAUAGAACUGUGUUCUUCAACCAUGACAUGCAUGAAAAAUACAUAUUUGGUGCAUUUAACUUGUUCAUCCAUUAAAACUGCUAAAGAAGAUUUGGAGCCUGUUGUGGGCCAGUUGUUCAGUGAAAGUAUAGAAACAGAAAGUGAAGGCGCAGGAGAAGGGCAAAAGCCUCAGAUUCUCUGGUUGGUAUAUUUCAACAUGAGAGAUUCAUCUGGUGUAGACAGGACAUCCUAUGCCAAUUUGCCUCCCAACAUCUAUGUUUGUUCUGGGCCAGACAACGCAUUGGGAAAUGACUGUGCUGUCAAACAGGCCGAGGCCAUUUUUCAAGAGCUGUUUCCCAGUGAGGAAUUCUGCCCACCACCACCCCCAAAUCCAGAAGAUAUCAUCUACGAUGGAGAUGGGAUUCAGCCAGAGGAUUUUGGGUUUGGUAAUCCAUCUGAGGCCAAUCCAGAGACUUUGCCUGAGAAAAGCACUGAAGAGAGUGAAAGACCCUCUGAAGAGUGAAUGGAUGGCAAGGCCAAGACUGAACUCAUUUCACCAUGGUAUCUGGGGAAGCUUGACCCAGUCCAAAGUGCAACCAACCAACCAGUUUUUCAUACACAAAAUGUAACCCCAGCAACUGAGAUACACAAGGGG